AUGCGCUCUACACUCCUCUCCCCCGUCCUCGCACUCCUCCUCUCCACCCCCUUCACAUACUCUCUCCAACUAGAGUCGACAACCGAAGGCCGUCUCCCCGCUAUGGGCUUUAAUUCCUGGAAUUGUUUCAACGAACACAUCAACGAAGAAAAGUUCUUAACCGCAGCACAACAACUCGUCGACUUGGGAUUGAAAGACUUGGGAUACACAUACGUCAAUAUCGAUGACGGGUGGUCAGACAAAGACCUCUGGCGAGACCCAGAGACAAAACGGAUCAUCGUCGACACCAAGAAAUUCCCGGAUGGUAUCUCGGGAUUGGCAGAUAAGGUCCAUGAACUAGGCUUAAAGCUAGGAAUAUACUCCGAUAGAGGGACAAAAACAUGUGCUAGCUACCCCGGGAGCAUGGAUUACGAAGAAAUCGAUGCAAAGACAUUUGCAGAUUGGGGCGUCGAUUAUCUCAAAUAUGACAACUGCUUCAUCCCCGACGAAGAAGAAGACGAAUACCCCUGGGCUCCCGAAUGGUGGAACACUACCCAUGAUGGCAACAAAAUCCACGCCCCAGAAUCCUACGACUUCUCAACCUCCCGUUCCGCCCAACGUUACCGCGCCAUGCGUGAUGCCCUAAAAAGGCAAGAUAGGAUAAUACAAUUCGGAAUGUGUAAUUGGGGUCACGCACACGUUGAAAAAUGGGGCAAUGAGACAGCGCAGAGUUGGAGGAUUUGGGGUGACAUAUUACCCCAAUGGACCGGUCACAAAGACCACAUAGCCUGGGGCGUCAUGCCAAUCCUAAACCACGCCCUCUUCCACCUCUCCCAGACCAACUUCUGGGGCCACGCGGACAUGGAUAUGCUAGAAGUCGGCAACGGCCUUACACCCGCCGAAGACCGCUCCCAUUUCGCUCUCUGGGCUAUUCUAAAAUCCCCUCUGUUAAUUGGUACCCCGCUGGAUAAAGUAUCCCCAGAGACGCUGGCGGUAUUUAAAAAUAAAGAAUUGAUCGCAUUUAACCAAGAUGAAAGUUUUGGAAUUCCGGCUUGGCCGUAUAAGUGGGGUGUCAAUGCGGAUUGGACUUGGAACCAAACUCACCCUGCAGAAUACUACUCCGGAAACUCCACCGCAGGUCUACACGUCUUCAUGCUAAACACUCUGGAGAAAACGGUUACAAAAACCGCAGUAUUCGAUGAAGUUCCUGGCUUGGACUCCACAAAGAAAUAUAUCGUCCACGACAUGUGGAGCGGUGAAGACAUCGGUAUCUACGAAAAAGAAUUUUCAAUCCCAGUAGAAAGCCACGACAUCGCUGCAUUACGGUUCAACGAGGCCUCCGAAGGCGCCGAGGAAGCAUUGAAGGUACAGGGUAAGGGAAAAAGAACACACCAUGCCGGAAGAGCAACCGACGAACUUUGA